GACGUAUGCGGAAGGAGCGGGCGGUCCGGUAGUCCGUGUGGAGAGUGGAGUCCGUCCGUCGUAGCGCCCGUUGACCGCUGCCUGCGCGGCCGCGGCCGCCCCCGUCGCCGUGCCAUGUUGCGCGGCCUAGGCAGUUGGCUGGGGCUGGAGCGGACAGGCGAGGAGAAUUUGCUGGUGGCCGAGGAGGGGAGCAGCCCCGCGGAGGAGGCGGAGGAGCCGGGCGCGGAGCCGGGGGAGCAGAGCCAGGAGCGGGCGGAGCCGCAGGAGGAUACGGACGCGCUCCUCAGCCAGGCCAAGGGAUUCGGCAGUUACCUCUUCAAUUUUGCCACUGCUGCUACAAAAAAGAUAUCUGAAUCCGUUGCCGAAACGGCACAGACCAUUAAGAAGUCUGUGGAAGAAGGGAAAAUCGACAGUAUCAUUGAUAAGACAAUUAUUGGAGACUUUCAGAAGGAACAAAAGAAGUUUGUCCAAGAGCAGCAAACAAAAAAAUCAGAAGCAGCGGUUCCUCCCUGGGUAGACAGCAAUGAGGAAGAGACAAUUCAACAACAAAUAUUGGCCUUAUCAGCAGAUAAACGGAAUUUUCUGCGGGAUCCUCCAGCAGGUGUUCAGUUUAAUUUUGACUUUGAUCAAAUGUAUCCUGUUGCAAUGGUGAUGUUACAAGAAGAUCAGCUCCUCAAUAGGAUGAGGUUUGAUCUCGUUCCUAAACAUGUAAAGGAGGAGGUGUUCUGGAGAAAUUAUUUCUACAGAGUAUCCCUAAUUAAACAGUCUGCACAACUCACCGCACUUGCUGCUCAACAGCAAGCAGUAGGAAAAGAAGAGAACAAAGGCAGAGAAGAGGAUAAUCAACUGACAGAAACAAUACGGCCAAAAACACCACCUGUAACAAUAAAGCCUCAGAUAAAAUCUCAAGAGGAUGAGGAAGAGAUUUCCACAAGUCCAGGUGUGUCAGAAUUUGUGAGCGAUGCUUUUGAUGCCUGUAAUUUGAAUCAGGAGGACCUAAGAAAAGAAAUGGAACAACUGGUGCUAGACAAAAAGAGAGAAGAGACUUCAGUAGUAGAAGAAGAGACCGCUGAUUGGGAAAAAGAAUUACAACAAGAGCUUCAAGAGUAUGAAGUGGUGACGGAAUCAGAAAAACGCGAUGAAAACUGGGAUAAAGAAAUAGAAGAAAUGCUGCAAGAAGAAAAUUAAGCAUUUUCACAAAAUCACUGUAACCCCAAACUUUUCUUGAAAACUGAUAUGGAUUUCCUCUUUCAUAUUUUGUUUCCUAAAGACUUUCAAAAGACAAGAUAUAGAAUUGUAUAAUUCCAUAUUGGGAUACAACCAGUACGUCUGUUCUUUAUAUGAGCAGUAUCUGAGCUUCUUUAUUCUUUUAAAUGAAAAAAAGGAGGCAGACACUGCAGGUUAUAUCUAAUAAAUAAAAAUGAUAACGUGAAGCAACAGUUUAGUUUGAGGUAUGAGGUGAUCAAGAAGCUCUGCAAGAUUUCCAAGUCUGAGAAUCUCAAGUUAAGUUUGUCUACAGCCUAAUGUUUGGGAUGUAGAAAUUGAUGUUGUAUAUGACUCUGUCCCUGAAAAUAACUUUCUUUGCAUUUACACUCUGAUUCCUGUAUAAUCUGUAAAUGUGUACUAUUUUCAGUUACUUGUAGCUAGUAGCUUUCAUGUGUAUUUAACUUCUCCUUAACAUAUGCAGCCAAAGAAUGUAUAGAAGUUCCCAACAAAUAAUUUCUGAUCUUUAAAAAAAAAAAAAUAAUUCAGACUCCAAAAGAAUUGCUGAUUUGCUAUUGAUCAGCUAUGAUUAGUAGGCAAACAGUCAAGCAUUUCAAUAAGAACCGAGUUCCUACCUGCUUGAAUUAACCUGAUAUUUUUGUUAAAUCAUCAUAUUAAGAUACUGCCUUUCCUCACAGGGAGAAUUGGUCUUAAUGCUUCCUUUGUUCAAUGACUGUUUUGUUUCCAUUUAAAUUUGUUGAGGAAGAGCAAAUUGAAUGUCUCUCUCUACUUUAAAUACCGAAACACUUAUGUAGAGCUUUGGCUGGUUUGGACAUCUUUAUUAAAUAUUGUAGAUAUGUAUAAAAUUGGCUCAUUUAUUUGGAAGGGGGGCAUAUUGAGGGGAAAGCAUUUCAGACUUACGCAGACUUCAGAAGUAUCCUUUCACACAGCGCGGAAGACAUGGAAUUUAAAUAAAACUAGCUUUCUUUAAA